UUAAUUUCGUUCGCCUUCUUAUUUACGAAAACCAUCGUGAAAGAUCAAACAUGGGCCAACGAGUCUCGAGGACAGACUUCGAGUGGGUCUACACCGAGGAGCCGCACGCCACACGGCGUAAAAUAAUUUUGGGAAAAUAUCCAGAAAUUAGACAGUUGUUUGGAUAUGAUCCAAAUUUUAAAUGGGUCGUUAGUGGGAUGGUAUUGGUGCAAUUGCUGUCAUUCUUUAUUGUCAAAGAUUUGAGUUAUCCGAAGCUCUUGCUAUUAGCAUACUGCUUUGGAGGUGUGAUAAAUCAUUCUCUUAUGCUUGCGAUACACGAGAUAUCUCAUAAUCUUGCCUUUGGACAUGCUAGGCCUAUGGCUAAUCGGUUAUUUGGCUAUUUCGCAAAUCUACCAAUAGGAAUACCGAUUUCUGUCAGUUUUAAAAAAUAUCACCUCGAGCACCAUCGUUAUCAGGGAGAUGAGAAAUUAGAUACAGACUUGCCAACAUUGUUAGAAGCAAAAUUAUUUUGUACGACUUUUGGGAAGUUCUGUUGGAUAUUGCUACAACCAUUUUUCUAUGCCUUUCGACCUCUUGUAACGUAUCCAAAAAUACCAACUUAUGCAGAAUAUAUAAAUUUAGUUAUACAAUUGACAUUUGAUGGUUGCGUAUGGUACUUUUUUGGUGGCAAAGUACUGUUUUAUUUGCUUAUCGGCUCUCUCAUGGCAAUGGGGUUGCAUCCUGUGGCAGGACAUUUUAUAUCGGAGCAUUAUAUGUAUAAAAAAGGUUUCGAGACAUAUAGUUAUUAUGGUCCUCUAAAUUUCAUUACUUUCAAUGUUGGCUACCACAAUGAACACCAUGACUUUCCCGCGGUACCUGGUUCGAGAUUACCAGAGGUAAAACGCAUAGCCGCGGAAUUUUACGAUGAUUUGCCACAGCAUAAUUCGUGGGUUUCUGUUCUGUAUGAUUUCGUGAUGGAUCCUGAUAUCGGGCCAUAUGCAAGAACGAAGAGAAGGCAUCGAGGAUUGGAUCGAUAGAUUUUCUAGAUUUUUAGUUUGCUUAAGCUAAGAGUGUCACAUGAAAUUUAUACAUCAUUAAUUCUACUUAUUGCUAUGCAGAAUUGUAUCUGUUUAUUUGAGAUACAAUUUAAAAAUUUGCUAUAUUUACUAUAUAUUCGAGAUGAAAUGUGAGUGCCACAUGCUAAGAGGCAUGCAAGUAUAUUGUAUUAUAAUAUAAAUUCAGGGAAAAUUUAAGGAUAAUAUUAAUACGUGUAAGCAAUUUUCCAACAUUUCUAUGGAGCUUUUUUCACCUUUUAGACGUCUAUUUCUUGAAAUCUAGUCAUACUACUUUUGAUUUAUUCAUGCCAUUCAAUACGAGUUAUCUUUUUUUUAAUCAAUCUUUUUGCUCAAUAAAAACAGACGUAAUUUAUUUACAUUUCUGAUUCAAUUUUGAGUUUCUAUUAUCUUUUUAUUUCUUACUCAAACUAUAUUUUUGUUUUCUAUUUGACAGUGUUCGAUAUGUAUCGCUAGUAUUGAAAACAUACGUAACGUGAAGUUUAUACACUUUAGUACUGUGUAUAUUGAAACAGCGUAUGUCCCUAGUCGUUAACUUGAUAUCAGCGCUUUCGACAAAAUUAAAUUUUUACACAAAUUUUUGAGAUUAAUUAAUAUUGAUACCAGUUCUGCUUCAAUUUGAAUGUAUAUUAUGUUCAAAUAAACUUCUAAUUAAACAUGGGCUUAUGAAAAUUGAACUGAUUCGUUUCUGGAACGAUUUAAUUCGCGUUAGUCGAAAGUGUCUCGGAGUAAAACCUACGAUGCAAGAGUAUAUAUUUUAUGUAAUAUAUAUAUAUAUACUGUAUCGAUUCUAGUAGAUGACAUUGUUAUUUAAAACUUGGAUCUUGCUGAGAAAUGUGUAUAUGAAAUUGUAUAUAUCGCUUUAAUGAGAUACAAUAUGACAUUAAUAUGACACAGUUUGUCAAAUAAUUGUCAAACAAUAUUUUGCAAAAAUAUAAGAACAUUGAAA